AGUACGCUGUACUAGUAACAGUUGGUGAACUGCCAGUUGGUAACUCGCUUAGUAUGUUUUUUUUAUUCGGCAAACGCUGUGAGUGAGUGUUGUUUAUCAGACUUUUAUGAAAAUUCAGUCAUGAGGCGCUCACUGUGGUUUAUUUUUGUUAUAUCUUGUAUGUUUCGUUUUACAUCCGGUGAAACAGGUUCCGGCACGGAGCUCGAACAAGACUGCAGUGUGUUGACCCAAGACGAUGGGGGAAUUACCAAAGUGCCAACCGUCCCCGUUUUUUUUCCUUUCCUCACAGAUUUAUUGACGAAGGAAGAAUGUAUUACUUUUGCCACCCUCGGUGAAGAAAAGGCGUGCUCACUUGAGUGGAAAAUUGAGGCUUGCAAUGUUGCCAAAGACGAUUAUUACUACAAAUAUCAUGCCAUGUCCAGAACUUAUCUGAAAUUCGAGUGUCAAGGGGCAAAUCGUUCAGACAUGCUGGAAUUAACGCGUAAUAUCAGCAGCAUUAGUCCCAAUCGUGCUGUGACAAUCCUACUAUCAGAAAAAGGCGGCGCAAGCCACCCGGUACAUUCAGACGUCAUCGAACCCAUUCGACAACAAAUCGUUGAGCUGGCCGUCCUCUCGAAUACGUCAGCCACAACCUACAAGGUCUUCGAAGCCGGUAUCUUGCCAAGAUUGCUCCGUUUCGAAGUGCAAUAUGGCAAUAAUUUGGAUGUGAAAAAGAGAGAUUUUUCCCGCAUGCCGGAAGUACGGAUGAUAUGCUUCAAGUCCUCCAUCAUCGACACACUGGAGCGUUACACGUUUAUGGAUUUGCCGGCUCUGGAAAGUUUGGUGCUGGAGAAGGAGAUCAGUUUUGCGUUGUACCGUAAAGAAAAGUACGCACAACGUAACCGAGGUCGACCCUAUGAGUAUGGACUGAUCAGCAGCGAGGAUAUUCAGAAAGUGCGACGUCUGCAUUGUGACUGUUCGUUUGCCUGGCUCCGGAAUUUUCUGAAGCGAAGGCCGCAUCUCGUUUCCCAUAAAGGGGAGGGUGAAGUAUUUGUUGUUGGCAACUUCUAUUCACCUUUUGUUUUCACCCAGGAAAGUGCAAGUCCAGAGAUGCUCAGUGUGGACUGCGCGCGAGAGUUGACCUACAACAAUAGUAACGGUGACUUGCAUUUCGCAUACAAUACGUCCUGUUACAAUUUAUCCUGCCGCUGACAGCCUGACCUUUCCUCGUUAAGCAAUACGACAAAAUUUAAUUUCACUCUGGCGCAAAGUAAUAAUAGACGUUCCCUAAUUGAAGUUCACGGUUUGGUCUUCAAGGGGAAAACAAUUUUUUUUUGGAAAAACAGCCCUACCGGUCUUCCAGCGUUCACUGAACUUCAAGAACAUCGCUUACAGUUAAUGUACAAUUAAAUGUGGCAUUUAAUUAUGGUUAAUUUUCUUGAGCGGAAGUGAUUCUUUUGUAUUCUACUGGCGCUCUUUGCUUAGCAACAGUCCUGUUGUGGGUUGUACUCCAGAAACGUGCAUACAGAUAGUUAAGUUAUUCAAAGUCUCAGAACAGUUGUGGCUGCAUCCUGAAUUUAUGUAGUUCUGGUUUGCAUGGUUUUUUUUGCACAAGUUCCAGCUAUAUAUUUCUGCUUAUACCAAGAUAUUUCACAUUUAACUGGUCGAUAUUUAUCUCUAUAUUUCACAUUUAAUAUAUAUAUAUAUUUCAUAUAUAUAAUAUAAUAUAUACAGUAUAUAUUUCACAUUUAACUGGACGCGGGCGACCACGUGGCACCGGUCGCGGGAUUACGCGAAGCAAGCGGAUUGCAGGAAGACGUGUGGGUGUUACUCAAGGUGUCACAAAAAAGAAACCAACGGUGGAAGAAGAACUUGCUCAGCUAAAAAGCAAAUUUCGGACCUAUCGGCGUCGGUAGCGACCGUCGUCCCUGCUGUUGACGAUAGCGUUCGAUCCUUCUCACCAGGAACUCGCAAGAUUCGAAUCCAGGAUGCCGGCAAAGUCAAUGCACCGCAGCUCCACCUAUGGGACAUGCCUCCUGUUUCCGAUCCAGGUAAAGAUUUCAAUACAGAUGGCAUUACUGAGAUCGAAUUCAUUGGUACUAGUAGUGCUACAGCCGUAACCCGGAAAGCUGCAGCAGUACUUGAGGCUUUACCGCAGAACGUUAAGAGUCUCUUGCUACCAGUUGAAAACACUCUGCUGCCAAAGCUGUUCAGCAAAAAGGAAUUCGUCCAUCUUCCCGAUCUACUACUGCUCAGCUGUGCUCCUCAAGUGCCGUCUACAUAAAAAAAUCCAGCCGGUAAAAGUGUGCAGAUUCGAGACUCCAUUCAGUGGAUGAGAGCGUUUUCAGUGCUGAAAAUGUAUCGGUGUGCCAUAUACCCUGAGCUGGACUUACCCAUGAUGAAGUACGUAAACCACAUCGCGCAGAUAGCGGUACUGAAAGGAAUCACUACUGACCAGUGGCUUGCCUACGACCGGCAGUUCCGGUUAGCUGUGUGCCGUAAUCCGAACGAUGCAAUGCAGUGGUCACGCAGAAACGAUGAUGUUUAUACUGAGUAUUUAAUGCAACCACUUGGGCAUGACGCUGGUCAACGCACAUGCGAUGUAGUGAAAAAUACUGUGGUUCAGUGCUAUAAUUGUUUAGAAUUCGGACACAUCAGACCUGAAUGUCCGGCAUUGCACAACAGCGCCAGCAACCGUCGUUCUUCAUGGGUUGGGCAGUCGUUUCUCAGCCUCCCCGCUGGUAGCGGGGGAGCAAAAGUUGACGAAGUGUGCCACCUCUGGAAUAAAGGUCACUGCACUACCGGCUUGUUCUGCCGAUCCGGUCGUCAAUACCGGUGCGCAAAGUGUGGUCAACGUGAACACCGCGAUUUCCAGUGCAAAUCAAAAGCAAGCAACAGUACCCAGUAAUAUUAAUACACCGUUGAAAGCCGAAGCCUUGCAAGCCACCUCAUCGAACACCCAGAUCAGGAGUACGUCACACAUGUACUGCACAUAUUACGACAUGGAACAGAUAUCGGCUAUCAAUCGAAGCUUGUCCACGCCUAAUGCUGCAUCUGCACGCAUGUAUUCGGAACAUUAACAAGCGCAAAUUAAUACAGAGAUAUCCUUAUUGCAUUUAGUGGGUCCAUUUACCAUUCCCAGUCUUCAUUGUUAACUCGUUAGUUGUGCGGCCGAAGCCGGACGGCAAAUUCUGCAUAUUAAUGGACGUCUCGGCCGGCAGGUGAAAGUGUUAAUGACUACAUCAGCAAGGACGACUAUACUCUUGCGUUCUGCACUGUGGAUGAUGCGGUACGCAUGCUUAUAAAGCUGGGGGUAGGCGCGUUCAUGGCAAAGUUUGAUCUUCAGCAUGCUUUUCGGCUUGUCCCUGUCAGAUCUGCUGACUGGCACUUAUUGGGCUGUAUGUGCAGUGGUUAUUACUAUUUCGAUAUUGUACUUCCUUCCGGUUCUCGCUCUUCACCGUUUCUAUUCUGUCUAAUCUCAGAUGCAGUACACUGGAUUUUUGUGAAUGUCAGCGGCCAUAUCUUUAUGUUGCACUACUGUACGUUGAUGAUUUCUUUCUUGCAACACCACCUAAUAAGCAACU